AUGGCCGAUAUAAAGUCCAUGUCAACAGUGCCUGGCAAGAAGCGGGGCAUGUACAAUGUGGUUGGAGCGAACUCGACCAUGUCUCUCGACCACUUGAAUGCUGCCCCAAUUGGAAAGUCUUCGAAGACUUUCGCUGGCGCUCCUGCACAGCGAUCUCAGUCCUCUCUGUUCUUCUCACCCACUGCUGGUGGCGCCACAGGUGUGCGAGAAUCCAUGGCAAACCGAUCAUCCACCUACCUCCCCGCGGGAUACUAUGCCUCUGGCAACUCAGCACCCGCUGCAGGAUCACCCCAGAUGCACGUUGGUGGACAAAAUCCCAAUAAUCUUUCUGCGCUUUCACUGAACACGCCGGGAAACCGGUUCAGCACAAGAUCUGCCAUUUCACCACCAGAGUCACCAUCACUGCCACCUUCCCGGGGAGGAUACAGCCGCGCACCACCAUCGCGAGAUGGCCUCCCCAUGUACAACCGCAAUAGCGUUGCAACCCUCGGUCAACCAGGCAACACAAGAAGCAUGUACGGCAACGCUCAUGAAAGCGCAAGCCAGUUGUCCCUCAACGUGCCCGGUGGUUCAAAUGUUCCAGGUGGCCGCACGCCGAGCGGGUAUCUCGAAGAUCUCUUCGAAAACCACGGCAGUGGAUCGAGGGAUAGAUUCUAA